UUGGUUAGAAUAGUGGUGGUUGUAGUAGUAUGGAACAGUACGAUGGUGAUGGUGGUAGUGGUGCCCAAUACUCUUUUCAGCCCUCGGCCGACAGUUCAACGCAGCCUGUAGUGUUCGACGGUUGUACGUCUGUCCAGUCGGACAAAAUUUUACGUUUUUCAUUCUCUUUUAUUCACGUUUUUAUCGACAAUGCGACAAUUUAUAAACUUUUAAACUCUUAAACGUUUUUCAUCUUCCUCUUUAUUCUUCCUUUUCAUUUUCAUCUCUAGGAAUAUAAAUACAAUGCAGGUGACUCGUUGAAUGUGAUUGAAAUUAUUUUGUGCCAGUGAAUUUGAACAUGGUACUUCGAAGAAUUCGAUCGAGAAAAACGGAUUUUCAAUAAUUGAUUGCUCGAAUGUUCAAUGGGGUGAAAUAAUGCAGAAUCAAGCGAGAGAGGUAUCCACGUAAAAGCAAAUCGCAUAAUCUCGACGAUUAUCGAAGAUGUCGAAGAAGAGGGCCUAGCAUGAACCACGCCGUCACAUUUACAGUGUUGAUAGUAAUCCUGAUCCUCGGUGAUCUCGAAUCGGUCACAGUGGUGAACCAUCAUCCGGACGAGGAAUAUUUCCUGGAGCAUGAAGUCCUAUACGAGGAGGCAAUUAACGAGGCGAAAAAGUUGCAGCUCUAUCCCGGACCAAUCCCAGGAUGCAAGCCCUGCACGAAUACAGAGAUGACUUACUGCAGAGAUGGAAGCGUGAUAAAUGAUCAUUGUUGUUGCGAUGGCAGCGUUAACGAGGUAUUUCCCUUCGUGACGCACACUUGUCGUGUCGGGCCCGAGGAAUGCAAGGUGCAAGCUGGAGAUUGUGCUGAAUACGCGAGGUUACGGGAAUGUUGUUGUCAUUCCUACUUAGCUUCUAUUUGGAAAUAUUUAGCAAAUACAGCAGGAUCAUCAACGAAUAUAAAUCUCAUAAAGUUCCUGGCGAUAUUAACGGUGCUCAGGUUGCUCUUUUAGCCGGCCUAAUUAAUAAUACACGUUUAAUACCAAAUAUUUUAUAUAUAUAUAUAUAUAUAAGUUUUAUUUUAAUAAUUAUUUUUCCACCGUACAAGAAAUAUUAAAAGCAAAAUGAAUGUUUAUAACACAUGGCAACGAGAAGAAUGAAAUUUUUACUAAUUUGAUAGAAACAAUUUUUGCGAUUUCUCGUGUAUAUAGUAUGUGAAGAAAUGUAAUUGUACAAAGAAAUAUAAAUGAAUAUGAUAGCGGUUGUAUUUGUAUUUUAAUGGGUGAAAUGCAACAAAUAAUGUACAAACACAUACUUAAAAUCUUAAUCUUUUAAUCUUUUUCUUUCGUUGCGGAUGUGAUGCAAUUUUACGUAAACGAUAGUUCCUUAAUUAUAAACAAUAAGGUAAAACGAUUACACGAGACACGUAAAAAUUUGCUCACAAUCGAAUUAUUGCAACAUUAUCGCUUUUUAAGAUAAAGAAGAAUAUUUAAGAAUCGUAUAAAA